GUGGUGCAGAGCCUUUCCGUGGAAGUGAUCCACCACAUGUUUCUCCUCCUUCACACCAGAAUCUCUAUGACAGCAUAAAAAAUGAGCCCUUCAAAAUACCCGAGGAUGAUGGCAAUGACUUGACGCAUACCUUCUUUAAUCCGGACCGUGAAGGCUGGCUUCUGAAGCUUGGUGGCCGAGUGAAGACGUGGAAGCGACGCUGGUUCAUCUUGACAGACAACUGCCUUUACUACUUUGAGUACACCACGGACAAGGAACCGAGAGGCAUUAUUCCACUGGAGAAUCUAAGCAUCCGUGAGGUCGAAGAUUCUAAGAAGCCGAACUGCUUUGAACUGUAUAUCCCUGACAAUAAGGACCAGGUCAUCAAAGCAUGUAAGACGGAGGCAGACGGACGUGUGGUAGAAGGAAACCACACUGUGUAUCGCAUCUCGGCACCCACUACAGAAGAGAAGGAAGAGUGGAUCAAAUGCAUCAAAGCUGCAAUCAGCCGGGACCCUUUCUACGAGAUGCUUGCUGCACGCAAGAAGAAGGUUUCCUCCACCAAGCGACAUUAGUCAUCUUGUCUAACUCUGUGGUGGUGAACUUUUGCAGGGAAUACCUCUCCAUCUCCUGAGGGUGGGGGACGAGAGGCUGCACUAGAUUGUCUGCUCUCUAUUGCUACCCUCAGGAGACCAGCUUCAGCUUUUGCUAUUCUUUUCCUGUUUGGGAGCAGGAAGAAGGGAAGGGGGCGCUAAGCUGAUGGCAGCCACCAAUUCACUAACUUCUUUCCUAGGAAGAAUGCCAGCUUCUUAUCUUGGCAACCUGAACCCCACUGCAUCUUCUGCAGUGCAUGUGACCAGAAGAGAAAGUGGCGAGAGUCUUUUGGGCUAUCAUAGUUGAUUUGUUCAUUGUGUGAGCUAAUGGAGAGGUAGAGCGCAUCAUGCAGUAUACACCCCUAAGGGGAUGUAACUCUAUUUUAAGUUGCUGUUGCUACUCUCUAAAGCCCAAGCACCAGGAGUGGACCAUGGACCUUUAAAGGUAUACAUUGAUCUAUAGAGCAGACAUGCUAGCUUUGAAGCCUGGAGAUUCCAGAGACACUCCAUAUUGCCUUUAUUUU